GUAAAAAUGCUAUGUCCCAUUCCUUUGGUUUAAUGUCUUUUAAAUUUUCUUAUGCUACUAUAUGCCUUAAAGUUACUUUAAGCUAAUUAUCUUCAUGAUUUUGUUUUCUAGGUUAACAGAACCUUCUGGAUAUUUAACAGAUGGUCCAAUUAACUAUAAGUAUAAAACUAAAUGCACAUGGCUAAUUGAAGGCUAUCCAAAUGCAGUAUUAAGAUUAAGAUUCAAUCAUUUUGCUACAGAGUGUAGCUGGGAUCAUAUGUAUGUCUAUGAUGGAGAUUCUAUAUAUGCACCUUUAAUAGCUGUACUUAGUGGCCUGAUAGUCCCCGAAAUAAGGGGGAAUGAAAGCGUGCCCGAAGUCGUCACAACGUCCGGCUACGCUCUGCUGCAUUUCUUUAGUGAUGCCGCCUAUAAUCUCACUGGGUUCAACAUUUUCUAUUCAAUCAAUUCCUGUCCUAACAAUUGCUCUGGUCACGGGAAGUGUACAACUAGUGUCUCCGUUCCAAGUCAGGUGUACUGUGAAUGUGAUAAAUACUGGAAGGGCGAAGCCUGUGACAUCCCCUACUGUAAAGCCAACUGCGGCAGCCCCGAUCACGGGUACUGUGACCUCACCGGAGAAAAGCUGUGCGUCUGCAACGAUAGCUGGCAAGGUCCCGAUUGUUCUUUGAAUGUCCCGUCCACUGAGUCUUACUGGAUUCUGCCCAAUGUGAAGCCCUUCAGCCCUUCCGUAGGCCGGGCUUCCCAUAAAGCAGUUCUACAUGGGAAGUUUAUGUGGGUGAUUGGUGGAUACAGUUUUAACUACAGUUCUUUUCAAAUGGUCCUGAAUUAUAAUUUAGAAAACAGUAUAUGGAGUGUGGGAACCCUGUCACGGGGACCGCUGCAGAGAUAUGGACACUCUCUUGCUUUGUAUCAGGAAAACAUCUUUAUGUAUGGAGGCAGAAUAGAAACCAAUGAAGGCAAUGUCACAGAUGAAUUAUGGAUUUUUAACAUACCUAGUCAGUCCUGGAGCACAAAAACCCCCACUGUCCUCGGCCAUGGGCACCAGUACGCCGUGGAGGGACAUUCCGCACAUAUUAUGGAGCUGGACAGCAGGGACGUUGUCAUGAUCGUGAUAUUUGGAUAUUCUGCAAUGUAUGGCUACACAAGCAGCGUGCAGGAAUACCAUAUCUCGUCAAACACCUGGCUUGUUUCGGAAACCAGAGGAGCCAUUGUUCAGGGCGGCUACGGGCACACCAGCGUGUAUGAUGGAAUAACCAAGGCCGUGUACGUUCACGGAGGCUAUAAAGCGCUGCCCGGCAACAAGUACGGGCUGGUGGAUGACCUCUACAAGUACGAAGUUAACACUAGGACCUGGACUAUUUUGAAAGAAAGUGGGUUUGCCAGAUACCUUCAUUCAGCUGUUCUUAUCAAUGGAGCUAUGCUUAUUUUUGGAGGAAAUACCCAUAAUGACACUUCCUUGAGUAACGGUGCAAAAUGUUUUUCUGCCGAUUUCCUGGCAUAUGACAUAGCUUGUGAUGAAUGGAAAAUAUUACCGAAACCAAAUCUUCAUAGAGAUGUCAACAGAUUCGGACACUCCGCAGUUGUCAUUAAUGGGUCCAUGUAUAUAUUUGGAGGAUUUUCCAGUGUGCUCCUUAGUGAUAUCCUUGUGUACAAGCCUCCGAAUUGCAAGGCUUUUAGAGAUGAAGAACUUUGUAAAAAUGCCGGCCCAGGGAUAAAAUGUAUUUGGAAUAAAAAUUCCUGUGAAUCUUGGGAAUCUGGGAAUGCAAAUAAUAUUCUUAGAGCAAACUGCCCUCCGAAAACAGCUGCCUCUGACGACAGGUGCUACCGGUACGCGGACUGCGCCAGCUGCACCGCCAACGCCAACGGGUGCCAGUGGUGCGAGGACAAGAGAUGCGUGUCGGCCAGCAGCAACUGCAGCGUGUCUGUGAGAAACUACACCAAAUGCCAUGUGAGAAAUGAGCAGAUUUGUAACAAACUGACCAGCUGUAAAAGCUGUUCCCUAAACUUGAACUGCCAGUGGGACCAGAGACAACAGGAGUGCCAGGCUUUACCAGCUCACCUUUGUGGAGAAGGGUGGAAUCAUAUUGGGGACGCUUGCCUCAGAAUCAACUCCAGCAGAGAAAGCUAUGACAACGCCAAACUUUACUGCUAUAAUCUCAGUGGCAACCUUGCUUCGUUAACCACCUCAAAAGAAGUAGAAUUUGUUCUGGAUGAAAUACAAAAGUAUACGCAGCAGAAAGUGUCACCUUGGGUAGGCUUGCGCAAGAUCAACAUAUCCUACUGGGGAUGGGAAGACAUGUCUCCGUUUACCAACACGACACUGCAGUGGCUUCCUGGGGAACCAAACGAUUCGGGGUUCUGUGCGUACCUGGAAAGGGCUGCGGUGGCAGGCCUGAAAGCGAACCCGUGUACAUCUAUGGCCGAUGGCCUUGUCUGCGAAAAACCCGUUGUGAGUCCCAACCAGAGCGCGAGGCCGUGCAAGAAGCCGUGCUCGCUGCGGACGUCCUGCUCCAACUGCACGAGCAACGGCCUGGAGUGCAUGUGGUGCAGCAGCACGCGGCGCUGCGUGGACUCCAACGCCUACAUCAUCUCCUUCCCCUACGGGCAGUGCCUCGAGUGGCAGACGGCCGCCUGCGCCCCUCAGAAUUGUUCCGGGUUGAGAACCUGUGGACAGUGUCUGGAACAGCCUGGGUGUGGCUGGUGCAACGACCCUAGUGACACAGGAAGAGGGCACUGCCUUGAAGGAUCUUCACGGGGACCCAUGAAGCUCAUAGGAACGCACAGUAACGAGAUGGUUCUUGACACCAGUCUUUGUCCCAAAGAAAAGAACUAUGAGUGGUCCUUUAUCCAGUGUCCAGCCUGCCAGUGUAAUGGACACAGCACUUGCAUCAAUAAUAACGUGUGUGAGCAGUGUAAAAAUCUGACCACAGGAAAGCAGUGUCAAGACUGCUUGCCAGGCUAUUAUGGAGAUCCUACGAAUGGAGGACAGUGUACAGCUUGUACAUGCAGCGGCCAUGCAAAUAUCUGUCACAUGCACACAGGAAAGUGUUUCUGCACAACUAAAGGAAUAAAAGGUGAUCAGUGCCAAUUAUGUGACUCUGAAAACCGCUAUGUUGGUAACCCACUUAGAGGAACAUGUUAUUACAGCCUUCUGAUCGAUUACCAGUUCACCUUCAGUUUGUUGCAGGAAGACGAUCGCCACCACACUGCCAUCAACUUCAUAGCAAACCCCGAACAGUCAAACAAAAAUUUGGAUAUUUCGAUUAAUGCAUCAAACAACUUUAAUCUCAACGUUACUUGGUCGGUUGGUUCAACAGCUGGAACAAUAUCUGGGGAGGAGACCCCUAUAGUUUCCAAGACUAAUAUAAAGGAAUACAGAGAUAGUUUUUCCUAUGAAAAAUUUAACUUUAGAAGCAACCCAAACAUCACGUUCUAUGUGUACGUCAGCAACUUCUCCUGGCCUAUUAAAAUACAGAUUGCAUUUUCACAACACAACACAAUUAUGGAUCUCGUGCAGUUUUUUGUCACCUUCUUCAGUUGUUUUUUAUCCCUAUUAUUGGUGGCUGCUGUGGUCUGGAAGAUCAAACAGACGUGCUGGGCUUCUCGGCGGAGAGAGCAACUGCUACGAGAACGACAGCAGAUGGCCAGCCGUCCCUUUGCUUCUGUGGAUGUCGCCCUGGAAGUAGGAGCCGAGCAGGCAGACAUUCUGCGAGGGCCAUUAGAGGGGGCGCCCAGGCCCAUAGCCGUUGAACCGUGUGCUGGGAACAGAGCCGCCGUCCUGACCAUGUUCCUCUGCCUCCCGCGAGGAUCCUCAGGCGCCCCGCCCCCUGGGCAGUCAGGCCUUGCGAUCGCCAGUGCCCUAGUAGAUAUUUCACAGCAGAAGCCUUCGGAUAGUAAAGACAAGACGUCAGGAGCCCGAAACCGAAAGCACCACCUCUCAACGCGCCAAGGAACUUGUGUCUGAGAAACGGGGAGCCCUCCUGGAUCCUUUGUGCUGUUUCACCUUGUGUGUGGCUUCCGUUAAGGCUGGUCUGUGGCCUCGAGUUUUGUGGAGGCAAAACUCUGUGUGUUCCCAGGACCCAAGUACAGUUCCCUCCAAGUGGGCAGUGACCCAAGUGGCCAAAGAAUGUUCAUGAGUUUUCUAGAAGUAACAGUAUUGAAGGUCAUGGGUGAUAAAGUCAGUUUUUUCGACUCUCCUAGGCUUAUCCUAGAUAAACUUUAAAUUACUCUGGAAAAAGAUGUAUAUUGUUUCUUAAUGCAGAUGAAAAAUAUGUAAUUCGUAUAAACCCAACUGUUUAUAUCCCAAGACAUUAAAGAAAGACAUUUUGUAAUGACUGAAUGAUGAGAACUGUACAGUUUUUGCCUCCUAAGCAAACUUAAAUCACUUGUAUAUGAACAGGAAAUGAACAGAUUGCAAUGGCUUUAAAUGCUGUUUUCUCUCACUGUACCUGUAAAUGCAAGAUUUUGGUUUAGUAGGGCGUAGGCGAUGUCUUUAAAUAUCUCACAUGACGGUAUCAUACCCAAGUCAGUUUGAGAAUGUGACUAUUUUCCACCUAACUGGAAUGCAGACCCAAAUGAGUCCAUUUGGGUGGAUGGCAGGUGCAGCUCCACAGGUUUAUCAGAAUCCUGAGUGAAGAGGGCCUUCCCCUCGCCCAUGCCAACUGCCUAACUCAUUGUCGAAGCAGAUGGAGCAUGGGAAAGCCCGUCCAGCAAUCCGUUUGCCAUCCUUCCCAGCGCGGCCUCCAAUACCACGAAUCCGGAAAGAGCUACAACAAUGAUUUUACAGCGCGCCAGCUUCCCCUUGAACGUGGUCAUUUUUUAAUUGCCAAGGAACCAUUGGCUCAGACCAACAUGAUCCAUCUGCAUUUUUAGAACUAAUCAUCUUCUUUUGACCAUCUCCUAGCUGCUAGAUUUUAUCUACCUUUACAAAUGUGAUGAAAAGUAUUUUAGAGCGGCACCCCCUGACUUAUACUAUGGCCCAGGUUCCCUCCUGCCAACUCUCUCUCUGAGAACACAAGCAAGAAGCGCGGAGCUGGCGAGCACCUACAGAAUUCUUAUUCCAACACGAACUCAUCAGUGUCAUGAGAGAAAGUCUCCAGUGUGAAAAUUAAUUGGUUAUUGCCCCUCUUCAGCCUGUUCUCAAUGACUCAAAACUCUGAACUAUGGCCCAAAGGAAAAGUGAUGUAAAACAGCUUGCACAUUGGAACAUAGGAUCAUUUGUGUCCUAAACUUCACCAUGGUUCAGGAGAACUCGGUAGCAUUACAGAUCUUGUUGGGAAUGAUAGGUCGCUAACUUCAGGGUGACUACAAGGUAUUUGUGGGGAACGCUGAGAGGUACCCAAAGCUGCUUUAUACGAUCUAGUUUUGUUCCAUCUGAAAGUCACUGAAAUGUCAUUGAUGUUUAGAACUACGUAUGUACUUCUCACGGCCUUUGGAUUUCUGGAAGGUGACGACACUUUACUGUUUACAGCUAAUGCAUAGUUACUUGCAUGCUCUGGUUGUGCGGUAGUGGGACACGACACUGUUGUGAUUAAAAAAAUGUUGAUUUUAUAAUGCCAUUUAUACAUAGUCAGCUUAAUUUGAUGAGGGUCGAAUGUAAUAUAUAUCAGGAAUGAUCAUACACUAUGUAGUUGCAUCGUAUAUAAGAUUGUUAGGUUGCAUCUAACCAUGACUAUGUCCUUAUUUUAAUAAUUAGGCAUUUAUGAGUUAUAGUAUAUAUUCCUUAUGUUGGCAUGAUAUUUUGCUAUUUCCCAUGCUAAGAAUGAGAUUAAUUCUUACAGUAAUUUUUAUCUAUGGCCUGUGGGGGGUAUUUUUGGUUUUGGGUUUUUGUUUUUUGUUUUUUUGAGGGGAGGGAGUAGAGCUGGUUUUUAUCUCCCUGUGAUAUUUUCUCUUAAAAAAAAAAAAGUGAACCGAGUUUGUAAAUGUCCCCUAAAAACAAUCAAACAAUUUUAUUGGCUUCUUUUUGGACCCUUUAAAUGUUAGUUUUUCUCCUGGAAAAAUAAACCGACAAAACUGGUGAUUACAAAAAAUGUAAUCACUUAAAAAUAAAAUGAUUGCCCAAUUUGUGUAAUUCUCUAACGAUUGUCAAGAGAGAAAGCUUAAGUAACAAAAACAUACAAAGUUGUAUGCAAAAUCUAUUUCAGCUUUAUUUUUAGAGUCUAAGCAAACAGUAUUACUGUGAAAGAAUUGUCAAGCUUCCUCCACCUCGAAUCCCAUCAGGUUCUUAAAACUUGAAAUUUGAGUUUUAGAGAAUUAUGGGACGCAAUGCAAUGUUAAAGGCAUACUGUACCUUCCUGGGCCAAAUACUGCUAACUUCGUGACUAAUUAUGCAAUGUUUUCUCAACUUAUCAAAGCUUUUUACUGGCAAUAAAAUUCUUCACCCUCGGGUGCAGUGGAUUGAAAAGACCUUAGGGAUAAUCACUUUGAAUGUGUUGUGUUAUUUUUUUCCCCCCCACGUCGCAACAAUUUUAAUUUUGUAUGCUUUGGUGUUUUGGUUUUUUUUUUAACCAAAGCACAAGUAUGUAGAAACUCUUCAAGAAGUUAGCAAGUAAAUGACUGAUUCUCUUGAAAAUUUAUCCUAACGGAAUUCUGUGUGUAGCAGUUUAGAAUGACUUUGAAAAAUUCUUUAGGAUUUAUCAUUCUUCCAUGUAUGAAAAUUUUGGGUUAAAUAGAAUGGAAUUUUAAAAAUUAACCUGGGGACACUAUUUGGACACAACUAGAGAAUGCUUAUUGAAAGAUUGCACAAGUUUACAGAUUGAUCUAGUAAAUAUUAAGAGGAUUGGGAUUCUUGUAACUGCUUUUCAAUGGAAAUUUAUCCUAGGGAUACACAUAGAAGGAAAAUGUGUGCCAUAUACUAAUGUAUUAUGUUCACUAGGAAAACUUGAAACGGGAUGUAUUUCAAUGUAAUCGAUACUCACGGUACUUCCCAACAUCUCAUUUUCUUUGGUCCCAGUAAGACAGUGCGACUAUGCGGUGGUUGUCCCACUGCAGGGUCACUCAGGGUGCAGGCUGGCGGAUGGGCCUGAGAACAGAGGUUGGAACCAGCUUUGAGCUGUGUGCUGCUGGGCGAGUUUGAACCCUCGAAGCCUCAGACUUUUCACCUGUGAGGGGAGGUGGUGGUGCCCACUUGGCAGAACUGUUGGGAGCCUAGAAGGAAGCAAACAUAAAGCUCCCACAGCAAUGCAGCGCAGCUGCUGUUAGCAAUCAUGGGGCCACCAGGCCACUCUUUUUCUACCCAUUGUUUUAAGGACCCAUCUCUUCACUUUUCACCCAUCUUGUCACCAUAGGGGAAAGCCAGGCAGGUUUUUGCAAAUGAAGAUUUCAUGAAAAUCUUAAGUUCCUCUAUUUCUGGGAUAUAGAAGUUUCUCAAGAACUACUUUGAUAUUUGGGUCAAGAGAGGAUUUGAGUCUUUAAAAUUAUAUGCUGUUUUAGUGCAGAGUAUUUUUUAUAAUUACUACUUGAUGAUAUUUAGACAGAAACAUCAAUUGCCACUUUCACUUUCAAAUUGGGCAAAAACAGAUCAAUCCUUACACUGGGUUGUCAUACAUGGUAUAUCUUUUUUUUUUCCAUUGGACAUAAAAGUAUGAUUUGAAAAGUAGUUUAUAUAAAGGGUUUUAAAAAUUAAAACUGAUCAAAUGAAUCAAUUCUACCCACAUACACUUUUUUAAAAGAUUAACUUCCAAAGUCCAUUUCCCAUUUCACUAGGCGGGCGUGGAACUUGAUCAUAAGAACAGCCUGGGUCGCUGCAGAUUCCUACCUUUUCUCUAGAGAUUAAGAUGCGGAAGGACUGGACUGGACCCUGGAGAUUAAUAUGCUUAAUAAGCACCUCAGAUUCUUACCAUGAGGCAAAUUAGGGAAACUGCCCUGGGCCAAAGAGCUGCUUUCCUCAACAGUUAGAAUUUCUUUAAGUAAUGAAUGAUCACUCUAAUUCAAAAGGCUUUAAGUAUUUUUCAAAGGACUAUAAGCCAUCUGGUUGGUGUUACAGUGGUGUCUUCAUUAUAGUGUACAUUUAACAUUUUAGUUUUCUCUAAUUUUUUUAAAUCAAGAAUUAGAACCAUAUCAGUGUAUAUGUAUACAGGCGUGCAUGUCAGUGUUAAAACGGACUGUGUAAAAGUUCAGAUCUGCUCUAAAAAGUGAACAUUUUAUGAUGUCGUGUGCUACUCAUCAGUUUAAUUACUGAAAUAAAAACAUUGGACCUCCCAA